CUCUUCACAUCACUUUUCCUUUGUCUCCCUCACCUUCAACAAUCUUCAAGGAAACACUUCCAUUUAACCUUAACCAAACAUAUCCUUUUCCUUUUAACCCGUUUCUCCUCUUUCUCAGUGAAAGCUUUUCUCAAUUUCCCUCUUUAUUCCUCAUCUCACUCUCUUUUCCCCAGUCAACACUUUCCUACUGGUUUCAUCUGAUUCCUCUACCAAAAGAAGAAGAAGAAACAACCCUCUUUAUUCCCUUAUUCCCUGCUAUAUACAUAUUCAUAUUUCCCUUUUGGUAGUUAAAUAUGGGGUUCUCUGAGAAGCCACAAGUGGAAGAGUCAGAUAGUACUAGAAAAUGGGUCAUCGCUGGAAUCUCUUUGCGAGCACCAUUGAAGCCAAUAUACACCACCACUGUGGAGAAAGAAGAACAAGAUGAAGGUGACAUGGAGGAGUAUAAUUCAACGACACCAAAAGGGGAAGAAGCAAAGAUUCCAACCUCUUUGAAGUGCCCACCACCUCCUAGGAAGAGAAAACCUUCUUUGAAGUGCAACUAUCGUGGUGGAGCUAGAGAGUUCUUCACUCCACCGGACUUAGAAACUGUGUUCAUACGCCAUGUUGAAAGGGCUAGCUAAUUGAUUAUAUUGUAGAGGUGGGAAAGAAAAUAACCUUCACCAACCUUAUAUAUAUGUAGCUAGUUAAUUAGAGCUGGCUAGAAUUAAUUUAGUUCUGUUAUUAUGUAACUUUUUUAUUUUGUUAUAUAUUUAAGUCGUUUUAAUUCUCUGUUAUUAAUCUAGCGGGCUAGAGUUUAAUUCAGGAGUUUAGAGAUUAUUAGGGUAUUUGUAUAAAGAGAGAAAUAAACAAAUAAGAAUAUGACUUAUUUGCUUGCAUGCUUGAUCUUGUUCUAGACUUCUAGUUUUAGUUGCCUGUGAGUCUGUCUGCAAGAGAUUUGUGUAUCUGAUGAAGAAGCUGACGUCAAAUUGAAUUGACAUUGUGUAUUGCGUGUUU